AUGUACAAGAAUAUGCAGGACCCUGGAGAGAAGGUGGGCUCGAGUGCUCUCAUAUGGGAUCACCAUAAUAUUCCCAAGCAUGGAUUUAUAGCUUGGCUUGCUAUGCUGAGGAGAUUGAAAACUAGAGACAGAUUACAUAACAUUGGGCUAUGUCCUAUGGAUCAGUGCCCUCUCUGUGAGAUUGAGCAGGAAAAUCACGAGCAUUUGUUUUUUGCUUGUCAUUUUAGCAAGCAAUGUGUACAGCUAAUAAAAGAGUGGCUGGGUAUUACAGCUUGUACAGUGAACUACACCCAGUUGCUAAGAUGGUUACAGAGAAGACAUAAAGGUAGUAAGUUCAGGAAAAGAGUUAUGAAUGCAAGUGUGAUUGCUAUACUUUAUAUAGUCUGGAGGGAAAGGAAUAAUGCGGUGUGGAACUCUAAGAUAUACACAGUGCAAAAAUGUGUCACUGACAUCAAAUAUAGUAUAAUAACCAGAGUGAAGGAUAGGUUACCUAAGAAGAUAAGUGCAGCUAAUGCUAGAUGGUUUGAACAGUUGUAUUGUUGA